GUCAAAAAAAAGUCGACAGUACAGUAGUACCUCUGUCCCAAUUUAUUUGUUUUGAAAAUAGGAAUUAAUUAAUUUGUGACAAAUCGCAUUUUUGGUGAUUCAAUUUUGGACACAAAAUUCACAUUUCCUCAUCUUGAAUCAUGAGUGAAGACAGAUCAAUUAGUUCUCCGAGACAAUCGAGCGUGAUCUCACCGGACCACCCAUCAGUUGUAUACGGAUACAAAACCUGCCAAACCAGUGACGCGAGAUGGCUGUACCUUGAAGACAUUAAUCACAAAUUCUACAGGCCAAACACUUAUGACAUAGGUGGGACUUAUAUAGACGCGUGCGCAGACUAUUGGUUCCAAUACGCCACUGAGCGAAUAGCUGAUAUAUUCCUCUUGCAUCUGUUCGUUUCGAACAGAGAUGACAGAGCGUUUACCAUAUCCAUUGGCACAUCUAACAUAAUGCAGUUUAAGAAGAAAACGAAUGUUGUAUUCUUGAAAACUGAUUUCAAACAAUUCAAUGUUAAGAAUACUAAACAGACAUACUUAACAACAUAUAGUUUUAAAACAAUUGACGUGGAACUGUUGAAAGAUAAACAGUUAUAUAUACCAGUGUUGUUUAAGAAAGAAGAAUCGAAAGAUGCAGUUGUUAUAGAAGAUGUUAAAUAUAAACAUGACUUUGGAUAUUUGCUGAUAGAUCCGGUCUGUUCCGAUUUUACCAUUGAAGUUAUGGAAGGGUUUAAGUUUAAGGUCCACCGAGCCCUGCUGGCCGAGAGCAGCGAAGUCUUCAAGGCCAUGUUCAAAGAUGAAAUGGUAGAAGGGCAGAGUGGCUACUUGAAGUUAACUGAUGUCUCCAAAGAAGACUUCAAAGCAGUCCUAGAGUUCAUUUACACCGGCACCACAGAUAACAUCGAAAAUCGUAACGUCUUCAACAUCCUCCCACUCGCUGACAGAUUCAACCUCCCUGGCCUCCACGAGUUGUGCCAAUAUGUUCUCGCCCAACACUUAACCAUAGACAACGCGCUUGUAACUCUUGUCUAUGCCGACAUACAUAAUGCCGACUAUCUUAAAACUGAAACUUUGAAACUGAUAAAAAAUAACAAGUCUAUAAUAAAAUCUGACGAGUUUAAGGAAAUCAAAAGUGCAGAAUUGGCAAGAGAGGUUUGCGAAUUUUUGGUGCUUUGUGAUUAGAUGUUUAAGUAAAGUUGUAAAGAUUUUCACUUUUGUCUGUGAUUUAAGGAUAAAUAUUCGUUAAAAAUUGCCCAGCCAGUGGUACACAAAAUGAGUUAUUAAAAAAAAUCGAAUAAGAUUCAAGUUUUUACAAGUGUUAUAUAUUUGUUAUUAUUUUAUUUUUUGUAUUAUUUUAUCUCAGUGUAAGUACUUAUAUUUUUGAAAGAUUUAUAGAUUUGUUUAUCGAAUACAGCUUUUUUGCAACUGAUAUGUUUACAUAUAAAGCAGAAUUGAAAGUCAAUUGUUUUACUUGUAAAUAAACUUAAUAAAGUUAUUGUUUAUUUUA